AUGAUAUCAGGUCGUUGUGCAGCUUGCAAGAAUCAGAGAAGGAAGUGCCCUUCAGAUUGCAUUUUCUCUCCUUACUUCCCUCCCAAUGAUCCUCAAAGAUAUCUGACAGUUCACAGAAUCUAUGGUGGCAGUAACGUUGGAAGAAUGCUUCAGAAAACUCCACCAUAUGUUCGAGCACGGGCUGCAGAUUGUUUAUAUUAUGAAGCACAAUGUCGUAUUGAAGAUCCUGUUUAUGGUUGCUUUGGAAUUAUAUCUCAGCUUGUUCAACAGAUUCACAAUACUCAAAGCGAGUUAACCAAAACACAAGCUCAGAUUAACAUUCUCGAGUUCCAAACCCCACAAGUUGAAAUGAACAGCAGCAUAGAGCAGUUUCAAGCUUCUUGGUUCGAAUGAAACUUGUUUUGAAAUUAUGGUCUAGUUGCAAUGUUGUCUCUGGAUUUUUCUGCUUCAUAGAAUUCAUGCCAUGUGUAUUCUUUAUGGUACGAUCGAAUAAAAAUAAUGAGAAAACUCAAUUGCCUUGAAGUUUUUUUUUUCUGCUUCAACUAUAUAUAUA